GUGAGGCAGCACACAGACCGUCGGGAUAUGGAGUGUGAAUGUUGGAGCUACCUGGGACAUGUCUGAGUAGGAAACCUGCUUUAUUUGCCAACGCGAACAGCGUCUAAUCUCCUUGUUCAAGAUGGGACAAUGUGGCAUCACGUCCUCGAAGACGGUGCUGGUCUUCCUGAACCUGAUAUUUUGGGCUGCUGCUGGUAUCCUGUGCUAUGUUGGCGCCUAUGUCUUCAUUACAUAUGAUGACUAUGAUCACUUCUUUGAAGACGUGUACACUCUCAUCCCAGCAGUGAUCAUCAUUGCAGUUGGAGCCCUCCUCUUCAUCACUGGGCUCAUCGGAUGCUGCGCUACAGUGAGAGAGAGCCACUGUGGACUUACAACGUUUGUCGUCAUUCUCCUGCUGGUUUUCAUGACGGAAGUAGCAGUGGUGGUUCUUGGAUAUGUUUACAGAGCGAAGGUUGAAGAUGAAGUUAAUAGUUCAAUCAUAAAAGUUUAUGAUGAGUACAACGGCACCAACAGCAACUCCCAGAGCCGAGCCAUCGACUAUGUUCAGAGACAGCUUCAGUGUUGUGGAAUUCACAAUUACUCAGACUGGCAAAAUACGCGCUGGUAUAAAGAAUCCAAAAAUAACAGCGUGCCCAUCAGCUGUUGCAAAACUGUCACUGGAAUCUGCACGGGGUCUCUCACUCAUCCUGAAGAUCUCUACCAAGAAGGUUGUGAAGCUCUGGUUGUGAAGAAGUUGAAAGAGAUCAUGAUGUAUGUCAUCUGGACCGCUUUGACAUUUGCUGCCAUACAGAUGCUGGGGAUGCUGUGUGCGUGUGUCGUGUUGUGUCGCAGAAGCAGAGAUCCUCCCUACGAGCCUCUUAUUACAGGGGGCACCUAUGCAUAAAGGAAAACACGUUUCUCACCGUAACAAUUUACCUGUCAUUGGUGAGAGCAUGAAAGUAAUCUAUUACCACACUAACCUUAACACACUAACCACGGUAAUCUUAUAUAACCUACCUGUUUUUCCAAAAAGCUCUUUGUCAAACCUGUAAAAAGCCAAUGAGAAUGAGACAUUGACUUUGUUCUUUUGCUCCGAGGAUAACAUGAGGAUACGUAAGGCCUCAUUCUUACCAAACUCAAACCUUGUUAGUCAUGUAUAGAGUGAAAUGUGAGCAGGGUAAUUUCCUCAUGCUAGUUUGCACUGUGGGUAUGGCUUAUACAUUAUAUUUUAUUCUAAAAUCUGUCAUUUACUUGAAUGAAAGACUGUAUAGUUUUACCUUGUACCUCCACUGCUACUGCUACUGCUAUUCUGCUACAACUACGGCUAUUCCUAGCUCAGUUAAGGUUGAAACUUUACCUUUCACCAGCAGCAUUCUGUCAAAUAACGGUCAACAUCACAACCCAAGUAAAUGGCACAAGAUGUUUUUGUGUGUCAGCGGUGUAACUUAACUGGCUUUUGCUUGUCUGAGCUGUAUUUUAAGAAUCAAGCAUUUAGUAUGGGGGUGGUGUUUGAAGUGGUAAUGCAUUCUCAACUCAAGGUAGACUUUGUCUCAUAGCUGUUUGGUUUGUUUUUGUCUCAACAGUCUACUGACACUAAUUUUAGAUUAUGAUUUGCUGAUAUGUAGCAGCGAGGAGACACAAGAAUGUAAAUAAGGAUGGUGAAAGCUGGAAAUUAAAUAUGUUUUCUGGUUUUA